AUGUCGUCAGCAUCAGAACCAUCUCUCCUCGAAUACGCUCGCUUUCACAAUAUCGCCAACAGCAGCAUUCUCGACCCAUCCCAGUUCAUCCAACCGGCCGUCGAAGACAUAGACCCUUCUUUUGGUGAUAUAAUCCAAAUUCCUUCUAUUGAUCUAUCAGGUAUCCACUCUGAGAUAGAAGCAAUAUCUAAGGAGAAGCUUGAUUUUAGCUGGACUAGUGCACCCCUCUUAGUAUCCAUUAUUAAAUCUACCGCUGAAUCGAAAUAUGGAGAGUUAAAUGCGAAUCGUUAUGAGGAAGACGAAUAUCUACCAGACUUCUAUCAAAUUCGAAAUUUGAAAGAGGAUACUCCAAUGCUGCGGACAGAUCAUGAACUCGAUGUGCAAUCAUUUCAUCAAAAGAUCUCACUCCAUGCCAUUGAGAUUAACUUGCCACUAGAACACGUGUAUGAUGAGAAUGACGAGGGUUUGAAGUUUCCAGCAAUAUUUUGGCUCAAGUCAAAGCAGUUACGGGAAGUUUCCCAAGGUGAAAAGCUGAACUGUACAAAAGAGGUCUUGAUAUUUCUUCAGGAGAUCAAAGAUCAGAUUCUGAAGGCUGGGCAGCCGGCUAGCGAUGACUGGUUAGAUGAAGAGAUUAUCUGCUACGGCAAGAGGAAAGAGAUCGACCCUCAAACACCGACACUUUUACCUAGGGACCGAACACCAGUUCCAUUUAUCCCGUCUUCCCCUUUCUUAGAACUAGAAAUCCUCUCGGAGCCUAUAACCCCCCCGAUGCCUGGAUAUCAAGACAUUGAGAGCCGACAACUUGAGGCUACUCCCGUACGCAACUCCGAUGACGUAGUCAGGGGAUUUCUUGCGGGUUCCAAUAUUGGUGUAUAUCCAGAACUUUUGUCAGGUAUAUCGAAUAAAGCACCACAGGCAUCCUUAGAGCUAUCUUUAAAUCCUCUUGUUAGGAAUAGCAUGAAAGAUUUCAAGGUUGAAACUCCCAUCGCUCCGCCCGUAUCGACCAAAAAGAGAUACGCUGAAAAUGAUGAGGAAAUUACAAAUGCCAUGGCGAGAUCUGGCGUUCUUCCUGAAUGGAGUUCCUGUGAUGAAAUAGAAAUUGAAAAUGGCGACCUCGUCGAGAACGAUCUCGCAGAAAUUGCCAGUGCAGCUAAGAAAAUAACUGACGACAAACAUAAAAACGAGCUCAUCAGGGGAAUUGGUAUUUCCACUCGAUGUGAGGUUCCAAUACUUAAGUCGCCACACACUUUUCCACCAUGGCCUCUCAUCUACAGCCUAUCGGAGUCUGAACUGAAGGAGUUAUAUCACUCCUUUAUUUCUAAAGUUAAACAGGAACAUUUAAUUGGGUCCCACAGUUUCCAUUACCAACGUGGUGGACAGUAUCUCAAAUGGGUACCGUUUGCAAUGGAAUUACGGAGGCUGUACGUCAAUGAAAGUAUUGGGCCAAUGGACGCACUGGACUGGUUUUAUUGCAGAGUCGAUCUGUUAAACCGCGUGGAAGACGGGGUCGAGAAAUUUAUGCCAGAUUCCCCUCAUGACUCUCGCCUUUCGAAUCUAGACGACAAAGAGGAACUUCCGUCACCGGCUUGCAGGGAAAUAGAACGACCGGUUUCAUCAAUCGGAAGACAUCCCCUAUUUACUGCUAUAAAUGAACCAAAAAGGAGUUGUCCGCAAUAUCAGCAUGCAAAUAAUUUAGGAGUUUCCCAAAAGCGAGCAAGUUCCCAGAAAUUUUCAAAUAUUAGACUGGAUGUGGAAAAUCAGCGAGCUGAAAGAACGCGAUUUUCCAAAACUUCACCUCUAGAUUCUCUUUCGAAUUUUAUGGAAGUUCGUGGUCACAACCUUAGGGUUUCCCGUCCAGAUGUGUGUCCAUAUUUUUCCCACCCAGCUCCACCAGAAUUGCCGAUUUCGGCAUCAGGUACCCUGAGUCCCGGGAUUGGUGCUCAUCUGCUGGAAAGGUCCACUCAAUUAAGCUCUCAUGCUACUCCCAUUCCCACAUUAGCCGUUCCAAGCACGAUUGCGCCUCUAGGAACAUUAACAUUUGUGAUAUCUACCUCACUUCUCCGAACUCAUCGAGCGAUAAUCCACAAUCUUGAAUCAUUGUCCCCAGCAUGCCAUUUAAUUUUCCGUGAUUCUAAAGCGGCGAGUCCUCGUCAUCCACAAUUGUUUUCGCAAGCUCAAGGUCAUUCUACCGAUUCACCAAGCGACGAACCUCAAAUAGCAGAUAUAUCACUUUCCCCAGCUGUAGGCGUUAUUUUAACCACCACUCAAGAGAUACUUCAAAAAUAUCUGCCGGGCCACCAACCACAUCAUCAGGGAAUUGUACAUGAACUGAAUUCUCCUGUUCGCCAGCGCAUUUCCAACGUUUGUCUUCUAUAUGAGGAAUUAUAUGUUAUUAUUUGCAACCACAUAAAUAGCCCGAAGCAACACGCCUCCGAAAUAGGAAUGAACGUUAGCACCAUGAACGCUGUUGACUCGCUGAGGGCGUUUUGUGAUUCCCUAAACCACUUUACCACAGUAACUGUUUCCGUCGUCAUGGCUGACCCUAACAACUUAACAAAUUGGCUAGUAUGUGCUGCAAACCGAUAUCAUGUUGCCUCCCGAUGGUCCCCAGCCAACCCUAUCCACGGGACAGGCGAAUCCAACCACGCUUUCUCGGUGGGAGAUGCCUCACCUGACGAGCUUCUUCUUCGCCAGAUGGGCUUGAAUCCGUUUGCAGCACUUAUGGCACUGUUUUAUCCCUUUGAGGAGAGGAAGACCGGAGACGAUUUAGGGUACGAUAGAAGCUUCUUGAUGAAUUUUCAAACCAAAGGGACCUUAGAUUUGCACAAAGCACUCGCCCGCUUUGUUGGUAUGAAUCCCUUAGAAAGAGAGCGUAUAUUUGCGCCCAUAUUCGGUCAACGUGUCUUAGAACGUGUGGAACGAAGAUUAGGCGUUGAGGAGAGGUGA